AUGGCUUUCUGUUCGCAUCUUUACCGUCUCCCCGUCGCUCGCAUCGACGUUCCUUUUCCGGACCGAUUCCGGUCCGGUAAACUCUUCUCAGUCCGUUGCUCCGCAGACUCCGAUUUCGAUCCGAAGCUGUUCCGGAAGAAUCUCACCAGAAGCGAUAAUUAUAACCGCAAAGGCUUUGGACACAAGGAAGAGACUCUCAAACUCAUGAAUCGCGAGUACACCAGUGAUAUCGUUAAGACGUUGAAGGAAAAUGAGUAUGAGUAUACAUGGGGUAAUGUUACUGUGAUGCUAGCGGAAGCCUUUGGCUUUUGUUGGGGUGUUGAGAGAGCUGUUCAAAUUGCUUAUGAGGCCAGAAAACAGUUUCCUAAUGACAAGAUUUGGAUUACCAAUGAAAUCAUUCACAAUCCAACUGUUAAUAAGCGGCUAGAGGAAAUGGAAGUGCAGAACAUUCCUGCUGGAGAAGGAAAGAAACAAUUUGAGGUUGUCAACAAGGGUGAUGUAGUAAUAUUGCCUGCUUUUGGAGCCGCGGUCGAUGAAAUGUUGACUUUGAGUGAGAAAAAUGUUCAAAUCGUUGAUACAACUUGCCCUUGGGUUUCAAAGGUAUGGAAUGUUGUUGAGAAGCACAAAAAAGGAGAUUAUACUUCAAUAAUUCAUGGUAAAUAUGCCCAUGAGGAAACUGUAGCAACUGCUUCUUUUGCUGGAAAGUACAUAAUUGUGAAAAAUAUGGCAGAGGCUGAAUAUGUUUGCGACUAUAUUCUUGGUGGUGAACUUAAUGGAUCCAGCUCAACCAGAGAGGCAUUUUUCGAGAAAUUCAAAUUUGCAAUUUCUGAGGGCUUUGAUCCAGACAGUGACUUGAUAAAACUUGGCAUUGCAAACCAGACAACAAUGCUCAAGGGAGAAACUGAAGAGAUUGGGAAACUAGUGGAGAGGACUAUGAUGCGCAAAUUUGGCGUGGAAAAUGCUACUGAGCACUUCAUAAGCUUCAACACAAUUUGUGAUGCUACCCAGGAGCGACAAGAUGCUAUUUACAAGCUGGUAGAGAAAGAUAUGGAUCUCAUGUUGGUAGUCGGUGGCUGGAACUCGAGCAAUACAUCCCACCUGCAAGAGAUAGCUGAGGAACGCGGAAUUCCUUCAUACUGGAUUGACAGUGAGCAAAGAAUUGGUCCAGGAAACAAAAUAGCGCACAAGUUGAAUCAUGGCGAGCUUGUGGUGACAGAAAACUUUCUACCAAAGGGUCCAUUAAGGAUCGGUGUAACAUCUGGUGCAUCCACGCCAGACAAGGCCGUGGAAGAUGCGCUGAUCAGGGUGUUCGACUUGAAAAGGGAAGAAGCAUUACAACUCGCGUAA